UUUCCCGCCUUAAAAAAAUAUCCAUUCCCAGAGUUCACUUCCUCUUUCGCGCAUGCGUGUUGGUUAUAUUGCAAAUGGCGGCACUUGUUAUUGUUCCAUGGCGUUGAGAAAACAAGGUCAUUUCUAGGAACGUUUUAUCGCCUCCACAGGCGACUCCAGUGUAAGAUGGGUCCACAAGAGGACUACAUUGAAACUGUGUUCACCUGUGAGGGAGAUUACCAUGAUCCUCAUCUGCAGGAUAGACUGGAGGACUUUCAGCGCAGUCUCAAGGAUCUUCUUCGCACAGAUAAGAACAAAUUGAUACUGAAAAAGGUUGAGCCUUGGAAUAGCGUCCGUGUCACAUUCAAGAUACCUAGAGAGGCAGCGGUUCGUUUAAAACGGUUAGCACAGCAGGGCAACGCAACACUCAAAGAACUGGGUGUCCUGGCUGUGCAAAUUCAAGACCAGAACAUAUCCCUGACAAUAGCUGGGAAAAACAAUGAGCACACUCAGCUGGUGUUUAGGACAGCUGAGUCCUCCCAAGUGACUACACCUUCUGUAUCUGUGAUUCAAACUAACUCUACGGCCCUAGACGGGCUCAGUCCCCAGGGUCCUGGCCCAGGGCCAAGCCCUAACGAAGUGACUAGUAAAAAAAUUGCGGAUUACUUACGGCAACUGUUACCUGGACACUUGCAGUCUGAAGCACAAAAGGUGAAAAACAACUCAUUUCUCCCGUUUCAUGGCCUAGAGCUUCAAGGGAAGCCUGCGUCACAAUCAUCCACCCCAGCUAGUCACUUUGUUCCCCGGUCAAGUAGGAGUCCCUCCAAUAACGGUUCCAGUCCAAGCCAAAGCCCCACGCCAGCAUUGAAGUUUCCACAGAUACCGGGUUUACCCCCUGGGUUUCCACAUGGGUUGGUACAGCAGGCUUUAGACAAUCUUCCCCCUCCCCCACCAUAUCCGGGGGAAGGACUUAACAACUUGCAGAAACUCAGGCUGGCUGGAAACUUGACAAACCCUUUGUUAGUGAACUUAUUGCAUCAUGACCCAACGUUGUCCAGCUUGCUUCAAGCUGGAAAAUUACCAGCGGGUUUGGAUCCAGAAUCUUUGCAACCUCCAAAAAAGAAGCGAAAACCUCGUCGUCCAAAGGAGAAGAAGGAGAAAAAGCCAGAACAAAAUGAUUCAAAGUUACCCUCUGAAAUUCCAACUUCUUUUCACCCUACCAUUCCCUCUUCAACAAUGGCGGUUCAUAAUAUGGCAUCAUCCAGGCUUCUAGGUCCUGGGGAAUUGAAUUCUGAACUCUAUCAAAGUGUGUCUCAGGUCUCAGUGCAUAAUAUGCCUCAUGAAAACAAAGUGGAAAGUGUGACAUUGACAAGUCCAUUGACCCCCUAUGUGAAAAGAAUGGAGGAGGUGGACACUGUAGGGAAAAUUAUUAACCCAGUAACUGGGUUACUAGAACCAGUGGAUUUAUCAGACACAAGUCCCGCAAAGAGUGAUGGUGAUAAACAUAGUCCGAGAUCACUGCAAGUGCAAAAGCUUUCUCUGCCCGGAGAAAUGAAGGGAGAGGAGCAAGUGAUGGCUUCUGUGGGAGCACACGUGUCGAACUCAAAUCAAAGGCAGUGCAGUGCCAGUCAGAAUAUGUAUGGUGUGAAUGCAAGUGAAGUGUCACAGACCGUGUUUAGUUCUAGUCACUUAGGCAGAACAGACACCACUGGUUUAACCAAUCAGGUACAUGUUCAGGAGGCAUUGACAGUGAACAGUAAACUGGUGAAAGCUCACGGUAAAAAUGAUGUGCUGCAUUCGGAUUUUAAGCUGCAGCAAUCUAUACCAAGAACACCAAAGGCGCCAUCAGAAAGUGUGAAAGAAACUAGGUGUGACAGUGUUAGUUCUGUGAACAUUAGGCCAGACACACAUAGACAUGUGCACAAAGCUCAGGAAGUUGACACACAAGCUAUUCCCUCACAGUUGCUCAAUAAACCAUUGUUAGCAGUGAAGCACAAUAGUUCGGUUCGGACUGGGACUGGCAAACCUUCCUUCUCCCCAGAUAGUAACGGAGACUCUGAGGCGUCGACGCACAGUAUAAACCUUGAUACUCACAAUCUGUCCGACCCUGGGUCACACUCGGGGCACCAGAACAACAACAACACUGAUUCUGGGGUCGGUAGUUGCUCAGAGCGGUCGGAAGACACGUCCACUGAAUUGGGUGAGACUGACUUCAAGCCAGGACACUCAAACUCGAUUGAUAGUGCCAAACCCAUGAACCAUGAAACAGUGAACAUGAAACAUCCCCCGCCAAGCUCAAAAGUGAUGACGGUAGGGUACGCUUUAGAGGAAACUCAAGGCAAGAAAAAGACAGUGAAUCACAAGAUUGUCUCAGCCAUGCAUAAUAGUGACAAAGGACCGAACAUGGUUCACGACAUGUCGAAGGUUAAGGGUGAUAGAAACGAUGUGUGUUCCGCUAGUCAGUCCAAGUAUUUAACUUCACAAGAACAACAACAGCAGAUUGCUAACAACGUGAAGGCGAUUCUCAUGAGGGCAACGCAAGAGAACUUGAACAGGAAAAGUCCCAAGCUGGCAAUUGGUGGCCACAAUUCUGUUGGUCACUCCAACAUUGAGGGAAAUCACAAUUCUAUGCAAGAGUCUUCUAUGCCGAAAAAGAAGUCCAGUCCACGAAACAGUCCACGACACACUGGCAGUCCACGGAACCCUUCCAGUCCACGAGGCAGGACCAGUCCACGUGCUGUGGACCCCAACGCGGGCAUCCAUCCCCCAUGGCCUUACCUAGGCAAUCAGGACAUUAUGUCAGCUCAUUUUCCCGCAUGCGAAUCUCAGAAGUCACCCAUCCGAGACGGUGGUCGUUCUCCAUUGACAGAACAGAGGAAAUCUCCAUUCAACAUGUUGCCUGUAGCCAACUCUGUGUCUUCUGUACAUAUUGGUGGCCACAUGAACAGUGUGGAAGGUCCAGUUAUUGGAGCCAUGGAUACGAUGAGAGUACCUCCUCAGUGCAAUAUUGAUAACCGGGCCCUAUUUAAGUCCCUAGAAGCGUACCAUCAAUUUGCCCAACUUGCUACUGCUAAGGACCCAAAUUUUCUUCAGAAAUAUGAAGAGCUGAAAUUUUUGCAGAAAAUUCACAAUCAGAAAGCAGGGGUAAAUGGCAUGGAUCCUUUGCAUAAUUUAUUGCGACCUGGUCUCAGUGGUGUGCCAGCCAUGCAGCAACCACCAGUGUGUAGUGUGUGUACAGACGUGCAUGUUUCUAAUAACAAUAUGCCAGUGUUCACAAGUUCAGUCCAUGGUCCAAAUGUUUCCAAUGUGUUGACAACUCCAGUCAGUAUUGGUGUCGUUGCACCCAAAAGUAGCAAAUUGAUCUCCGAUGAACAAAAAGCAUCCCAGAUUCCAGUGUCCAGUAAGCGGUUAUCAGCUGCUACAACUAGCGGCUCCAUCCCUAUACACUCAUAUGACUCUGCUUUGCCACUUCCAAAACGAUUGACUGAGUCAGUACAAAAACUACUUAACUUUCCGCUUGACCCCAGUUUAAACCUACCUCAAACAUUUCGCAGAUCUCCGUCGUCUAGUUGUGCCACUCCAUCUCGAACUAUCGCGUCACAGUUGUCUCAAAGUGCAACAGCAAUCGCAAAACCUGCUCAUAUUAACGUUACGUCAUCGUCAGCAAAUUUUCGUAAUCAAGUGAGCGAUAAUUCUCAUAUCGAUAUUGACUCGAUCACUCCGUCAAUCACACGCUUUGCUCUUGGACCAAUGUCACUCAGUCUGGAAAGUUCAUCAAGAAGUUUACCGCUCGAUUUGAGUUUUCAUCCUGAAAGUGCUGUCAUCUCGAGCAUAGCUAUGCAGGAUAUGAUGCUAGGUCACGGAGACCUGUAUACGGGGUCCACUACUAAAGUCGUGCCUGCAAUGCCUGGCUAUAUAACAUCACACACUGUGGAGUCUUCAUCGAAAGGAUUUAAUGCCAUCAGUUCAUCACACCAAAAGAUUGACAGUCAAACCUCUGUUGAUAAGACUAAAGAGGCUACUUUGUGCAAUAGUGAAACGUCAAACAAUUUGAGACCAUUUAGUGAACCAUCAAACAAUUUAAGACCAUCUAGUGAAACGUCAAACAAUUUGAGACCAUCUAGUGAAACGUCAAACAAUUUGAGACUGUCUAGUGUUAGAACACCCCCUAGCAGUAUCAAUACUGGCCAGCCUGUUGUUCAGCCCCCAGUAAGUGUGGUGAAAUACCUAUCACAGAGUUCUCUCCUAUCACAUAGUUCUCUCCCAUCACAGAGUUGUCUAUCUGUCAAUGCAGAAAGUGUGUUCAGUCCAAUGGGAUUGACGGAAAUGCUGCAAGAAACUGCGAGUAUUAAGAACUCUGAACGUGUCACCGCUGUGUCAGAAUCUAUGUCUACUACAGUGACUUCAGUGACUAACAUUGAGAAUUUACAUAUUGUUACUACUUCUUGCAAUGUUUCGUCAAGUUCCUAUGUAUCAGUCAGUGUAGGGUCUCUUGUGAAUUGUGUAAAUGACAUUGCUAGUGCAAGUGUGGCCAGUAAAGAUACUCAUCAUAAUACCAAUUCAGAGGGUAAACUUCCUGAACAAACUGUAGAUAGUAACGCCACCGUAAAUGCACAAAAAACAGAUGACUCAGAUAUUCCAAAAUUGAAACGGCAAACGUCGUUAAAUAUAAAUAUAACCAAUGCAUCAAAAUCAUCAGCACUUUUAGGGCAGGACUGGUGUGAUAGUGACCAUGGGAAGUCACAGGACUCGUUUUCCUCUAAUAACUCUACACCGCCAGUAUUAACAGCAGUGUCUGAUAUAAGUGAGUUAGGGACACAAAGCAAUGCUAUUGACUGUGAAGUGUCUCAUUUAACAAGAAUGGACGCUACUCUCGUAGAGGAAUCAAGUGAACCGAUUCCUGAUUUGGAAGAACUGACCCUGUCUUUAAUGAGUGGAAAACACAAAGAAAGGAAUUUGCGUGCUGAAUCGGUACCAAGUCUGUCUAGAGUUGAAAAAGAAUGCGAUAACAUAGAGAGAAGUAAAACAGAUGUGGAUGUUACAAGCGCAGCAGUGAGUGGAAAGCUGGCCAUGUCUCUACGAAAGCGAAGGGCGUCAUCUGAAAGCAUUGACGAGAGAGUCGAUGAGUCUGACUCAUUACCCAGACAGCUUCGAAGUAGAAAGCGCACAAAUCCUGACCAUGACUCGAAUAGUGUUAACUCUGACGAUGCAAAGAAACCUAAGCUAGAUAAUGCCACGGAUAAUGUGAUAAAUGCUGAAAUGAAGGAUAAAGUGAAUGCAACAGCCAAAAAUGCAGUUACAAGUGUCCAUGUGCAUCCGAGUGAAUCAGAAAGUAUCAAGAGUGGUCUAAGGACCAGAACCAACUCCAAAGUCAUACAAACGGUCGAGCAAACAGACAAGUCAAAGCCACUUAUGCCAAAUAAAGAUGGUAAAAAAGACACCACAAAAGUCACAGUAUCAAAACCUUUAGUUGAAAAGAAAAUCGAAGUGAUUAAAACGGAUGAUUUGAAAAAAGGAACACCAGUCCGUCGAAAUAGACCGUCACCAUCUGUACAACCUGCUGACAAAUCCUCACAGUCAAUUUCACAUGAAAAGUCACCAUUACGAACACGUGAAAAGUCACCAUUACGAACACGUGAAAAGUCACCGUUACGAACAAAUCGAAUCAGGGGCCACAACUCUCCACUGACGAUUGAAAACAGCGAGGAUUCACAGGACAUUAAGCGCACAACAAGGUCAACUAGGUCAAAAGACUCGAAAGCAGAGGUACCUGUCCAGACCAGCGGUAAGGCCCUAGUAACGCAGCUGCUAAACGACGACGUACCAUGUCCCAGGACCACAGGUAGCUGAAACAUCCGCUGCUGACAAAUCCUUUACACUUCAAAACCACAGCUGCCAGGUGCAUGGGAAGUUCCCCAUGUGGGCAAGCUGAUAUCAUGUGUACCUGGUGCAAUAGGGAAUAUGUCAACUAAAGGCAAUGGAGCCAGCGGUUCAGUGGUUGGUUCAUUUUCCUGUAAAACACCUGUCACAAUAGAACAUCCGGUAGCUGGCAUAUUGUCCUUGUACCUGGUGUGUUUUGCAUAGCUACCAGGAGCAACCAAUUGCAUUCAUUAUAGGGGAUUGGUCGUGUUAUCCGAAUGCAACCAUUCCACAGGUACCUGGUCUUCAGCCUCGUCAUGUUACAGAACUAAACUCACAGGUUACUGGUGCAGCCGCAGGCCAAUAUCACCGCUGGCUACUACAGGUGUCCAGAAGCAGCUGUACACAAGAUCACCGCUGGCUACUACAGGUGUCCAGGAGCAGCUGUACACAAGAUCACCGCUGGCUACUACAGGUGUCCAGGAGCAUCUGUACAGUUUGAGCAUUAGAGCUGGGUUCUGGGUAUACUGGACUUAAUGUAUAUGAGUAGAGUGUCGUCAGCACAGGCUAAUCAGAGACGGCACUUUAACGUUGAACACAAAUCAAGUGUAGGCGGAAGUGUCCCUGAUAAGCCUGUGGCUGCACAGGCAAAUAUGGGACAUCACUUUAUGCACAUGCAUAAAGCCCAGUUUUCCCAGAACCAUGCUUAUUAUAUGGCACCAGGAUACCGUUUUACUAAGCUACUUACGCAAUUCGUAGACUUACGCAUAUAUUUUAAAUGCAGUAUAUUUCCUUUAAAUUUUUGCUACACUGACAUAUGGUAAUGAAUGAAAUUCAUAAAAUAAUGUUAGAUUGCAAGUACAAAUUAAUUUGCAUCAAUCUGAAAUAAAUUAAAUUCAAUUAUUUUAAAAUAUGUGCGUAAGUCUAAGACUUGCGUAUGUUGCUUAGUAAAACGGUACCCUGAUCCCUGUGACUGCUAACUUUGUGAUACUUCCUGGAAUUAGAAGGGAUUUAAAAGGAACAUGAACAUGACUGAUAUGGGCAUGGAGGAUUUUAUGAUAAAGUACAGGAUUGACAAUUUACUAUUUACUUGUAAAGAUUUGCUUUGUGCUAUUAUUGAAUAUGUGACUGUGAAGUUAAAUUUGAAGAAAUUUUGUGAAAAGUGCUGGUAUAUAGGUAGGUAACAGUAAAGAAAAAGAAUGCAUAGAAAUGAUUUAGUGAACUGUAAUUUGUUUUAACUUGAUAAUAUAACUUGCAUUGUUAAAGAUGUGUUGAUUCACAAAAUAGAAAUUAAAGUGCUCAUAACAGUGUACACAUUUUUUCAUACGAUUGUCUUAGACAUUAUGCCUAAUUGUUACUGUUAUUAUUUUAGAGUUAUUAGUGUAAAUAGUGUUGUGUUUUCCUCUCGUAUAAACACGAUUAAUUUACUUAACAUUUUCAUGAUGUAAAGUUUUAUAGCCAAUAUUAAUGAAAUUUCAUCCACCAUGAUAGUCAUAUAUGUAAUUCAUACUUCAUUUAUCAACUUUGUGUUAUGUAAAUAGAAGUUGUACAUAUGUAUUUACAUUAUAUUUAAUUUUGUGUUCUGUUAUUACAGUUCUUGUGCUUUACUGCAUUCAGAGAUAAGUACAUCCCAUUGCACCCUCAUGGCUUUUUGUGAUGUUGUUAAUUUUCGUUUUAGAGACUUCUAACUAAGUGAGCAUUCUGUUGCAGAUGUAUAGUGUUAAAGAUUAUAUAUAUAUUAUCUAUACAUUUAUUGUGUUAUUUAAGAUGUUUUCUUUAAUCAAAACAUAGAAAAUUAUAUGUACUGGUUUGUGUAUUUUUAUGUGAAGUGAAUGCACAAUGCACCUUCCCUGUAGCUCAUUUAUUUAUUUUUCUAUUGCACAUUAUUGUCCCGGCAUUACCGGUAGUUACCAAAAACAACAAGUAAAAAUGUAGAUGGAUAUGGGUAUUAGGAAGUUUUACUGACAACAGGUUUGUGUAGUGUUUUGUUUCUUUUUUUUAGGUAAACCAACUAAAACAUGUAGACAAACUUUGAAUUUUGAAAUGUAGGAAAGAUUGCAAUGAAAGGCAGCUUUUUUUAGCUCACCCGAGCACAACGUUCUCUCUUGUGAUCACCUUUUGUCCGUCGUGCCUCGUCAACAUAUUGCCUUGUGAACACUCUAGAGGCCACAUUUAUUGUCUGAUCUUCAUGAAAUUUGGUCAAAAUAUUUGUCCCAUUGAUACCUCGACUGAGUUUGAAACUGGGUCAUGCUGGGUCAAAAACUAGGUCACUAGGUAAAAAAAAGAAAAACCUUGUGAACACUGUAGAAGUCACAUUUGAUGCCCAAUCGUCAUGUAACUUUGUCAAAAUGUUUGUCUGAAUGAUAUGUUGGUUGAGUUCAAAAAUGGUUCCAGUCCGUUGAAAAACAUGGCCGCCAGAGGGCGGGGCAGUAUUCCUUAUAUGGCUAUAGAGAAACCUUGUGAACACUCUAGAAGUCACAAUUUUUGCCCAAUCAUCAUGCAACUUGGUCAAAAAAUUGGUUUCAUUGAUAUCUCGAAUGAGUUCAUUUGCCCACAAGUGCAUAACUGUGUUAUGUCUGUUCCAAAGUUAGGUCAAUAUGUCAUAUUUAUUAGAACUGUUAACUUCUUUGAAGUCUCAGGUGAGCGCCUUAGGACCAAAGGGUCCUCUUGUUGAGCAAUCUUGCAUGAUUUAAGAGCAGCAUUUUAUAUCACCUUAAGAUUUACAGCGGUAAUUGUGCUAAUAAUGUCAAUUAAUUUUAUCGACAACUUCUUCUUUAGUAAUAUCCAUCGUAAAUUGAUGCAAAGUUUGACAUGAAAAUGGUUGGUUAUAUUCAUAAAUUUAUAUGAUGGUUAACAUGAAAAUGUCAUUGAAUUUUGCAGACACUUAGCGCAGCCAUAUAUUAUAAACAAUCCACAUUGUUUAUUUUCAGUAAAAUUGAUUUUUAUGAUAAAACUUUCCCACUUAAACAAUUUCUUUUAUAUAUAAAAAAAACAUGUAAAAUACGAUCUGGAUAUUUAUGUCGCCCACCACUAUAGUUGGGGACAUAUUGUUUUUGCCCUGUCUGUUGGUUUGUGAAUUUGUUUGUUUGCCCCAACUUUAACAUUUGCAAUAACUUUUGCAAUACUCAAGAUAGCAACUUGAUAUUUUGCAUGCAUGUGUAUCUCAUGGAGCUGCACAUUUUUUGUGGUGAAAGGUCAAGGUCAUCCUUCAAGGUCAAAGGUCAAAUAUAUAGCUUCAAAGCGGCGCAAAAGGGGACAUAGUGUUUCUGACAAACACAUAUCUUGUUUUAUGUAAAAAUGGAGGAAAAAGGGUUUCUAAUAGAGAAAACAAAGAAAAUCGGACUGCAAAUUAUCAGCCAUUUUAAUUAUUGCACAAUCAGUUGAUCAUGUGACUAUAAAAUCGACAAUUGUACAUGGCAUUAUAAUUUAGACAAGAAUACAAAUCGUCCUGUAAAGGUGUUUUUUGUGUGAGGGCAUAUAUAUGCUUUAUAUUCAUUUUAUGAAUAUUGAUUUCAGUAUUAAGUAUUGAAAAUUUGGCCACUUCAAAUUGUUUAACUUGUUGAAAUGAACCGCAUAUCGUUAUGUAACUGGGUGUGGGUUCAUGUACAAGAGCUAUUAAAAUAGGAGCGAAAUUUGCCGUUGAUUGCGUUGUUUAGGUGAGUAUCUUAUUCCUGCUGGCCAGGUUCCAGUGUUCUCUAGACUGUUUGCAUAUGUUCAAUCCAUGAUCACAUACUAAAGUAUAAAGUUUUGUGCCAUCACCUGUCUUGUGUAAUUCUUUCGCAGAGAAUACCGUGUCUUGUGUUGUGGCCAUAUUUAAGCCAAGCAUUGAGGUGUGAUACAUGUUAUGUUCUCUCUGUCAAUCUGAUAUAAGCGUUCAAUGGGUAAUGUUUUUUUUGUUUAUUUAUUGGAUUGAAUUCCAUUAUAUCCUUUAAAAAAGUAUUUCUGUAAACAAAACUUUAAAUAACCUUGCAGUGAAUUUCACUGAAACUAUGUAUGGUAAUCAUAUUAAACUUAAAGUUUUUUUAUUUGUUGUAUGAAACAUUUUGUUGAGACUUAAAAGGAAACACAGUUCAUUUCAGGAAAUUCCGACUUUUUACAUUUUCCGCUGAGUGGAUAGUUUUGCUACACGUCUUUUAAGCUCACCUGAUUGCUCAGGUGAGCUUUUGUGACCGGUCUUUGUCCGUCGUAUGUCCGUCCGUCCGUUAACUUUUGCUCAUAAACACUCUAGAGGCCACAUUUCUUGUCCUAUCUUCAUGAAACUUGGUCAGAAGCUUUGUCCCAAUAAAUCUCUGCCGAGUUCGAAACUGGGUUGUGCCGGGUCAAAAACUAGGUCACUAGGUAAAAAAAAAAGAAAAACCUUGUAAACACUGAAGAAGUCACAUUUCAUGCCCAAUCUUCAUGUAACUUUGUCAAAACGUUUGUCUUAAUAUUAUCUUGGUUGAGUUCAAAAGUGGUUUUGAUCCAUUGAAAAACAUGGCCGCCAGUGGGCGGGGCAGUUUUCCUUAUUUGGCUAUAGAGAAACCUUGUAAACACUCUAGAAGUCACAAUUAUUGCCCAAUCAUCAUGAAAGUUGGUCAAAACAUUUGUUCAACUGAUGUCUCGGACGAGUUCGAAAAUGGUUGAGAUUGGUGAAAAAACAUAACCGCCAGUGGGCGGGGCAUUUUACUCUAUAUGUAUAUAGUGGCAGUUUUCCUAUUUGGCCAUAGAGAAACCUUGUAAACACUCUAGAAGUCACAAUUUGUGCCCAAUCAUCAUGAAACGUGGUCAAAACAUUGAUUUUAUUUAUAUCUCGGACGAGUUUGAAAAUGGUCGGGAUCGGUGAAAAAACAUGGCCGCCAGUGGCGGGGCAUUUUUCUCUAAAUGUAAAUAGUAAAAACAUGUGAACACAGUAGAAGUUACAUUUUUAGCCCAAUUUUCAUGAAAUUUGCUCAGAACAUGAUGUUUCCUUGAUACGAGAGUUGAGUUAAAAAUGGUUCCGGUCAGUUGAAUAACAUGGCUGCUGGGAGGGGGGCAGUUUUCUCAUUAUGCCCCCCCCUGCCCCCCCCCCCCCUUUCGAAGAAGAGGGGGUAUAUUGUUUUGCUCAUGUCGGUCUGUCCGUCCACCAGAUUGUUUCCGGAUGAUAACCCAAGAGCGCUUAUGCCAAGGAUCAUGAAACUUCAUAGGUACAUUGAUCAUGACUCGCAGAUGACCCCUAUUGAUUUUCAGGUCACUAGGUCAAAGGUCAAGGUCACGAUGACCCGAAAUAGUAAAAUGGUUUCCGGAUGAUAACUCAAGAACACUUAUGCAGAGGAUCAUGAAACUUCAUAGAUACAUGGAUCAUGACUCGCAGAUGACCCCUAUUGAUUUUUAGGUCACUAGGUCAAAGGUCAAGGUCACGGUGACCCAAAGUAGUAUAAUGGUUUCCGGAUGAUAACUCAAGUACGCUUAUGUCUAGGAUUAUGAAACUUCAUAAAUACAUUUAUCAUGACUUGCAGAUGACCCCUAUCGAUUUUCAGGUCACUAGGUCAAAGGUCAAGGUCAUGAUGACCCGAAAUAGUAAAAUGGUUUCCGGAUGAUAACUCAAGAACGCUUAGGCCUAGGAUCGUGAAAAUUCAUAGGUACAUUGAUCAUAACUCGUCGAUGACCCCUAUUGAUUUUCAGGUCACUAGGUCAGAGGUCAAGGUCACGAUGACCUGAAAUAGUAAAAUGGUUUCCGGAUGAUAACUCAAGAACGCUUAGGCCUAGGAUCAUGAAACUUCAUAGGUACAUUGAUCAUGACUCGUAGAUGACCCCUAUUGAUUUUCAGGUCACUAGGUCAAAGGUCAGGCUGACCCUAAAUAGUAAAAUGGUUUCCAGAUGAUAACUCAAGAACACUUAUGCCUAGGAUCAUUAAACUUCAUAGGUACAUUGAUCAUGACUUGAAGAUGACCCCUAUUGAUUUUCUGGUCACUAGGUCAAAGGUCAAGAUCACGGUGACCCGAAAUAGUAAAAUGGUUUCUGGAUGAUAACUCAAGAACGCUCAUGCCUAGGGUCAUGAAACUUCAUAGGUACAAUUAUCAUGACUCGCAGAUUACCCCUAUUGAUUUUCAGGUCACUAGGUCAAAGGUCAAGGUUAUGGUGACCUGAAAUAUUAAAAUGGUUUCUGGAUGUUAACUCAAGAACGCUUAUGCCUAGGUAAAUGAAACUUCAAUGGUAUAUUGAUCAUGACUUGCAGAUGACCCCUAAAGAUUAUCAGGUCACUAGGUCAAAGGUCAAGGUCACAGUGCCAAAAAACGUAUUCGCACAAUGGCUGUCAAGGUCACGGUGACUUAACUUAGAAAAAUGGUUUCCGGAUGAUGACUCAAGAAUGCUUACACCUAGGAUCAUGAAACUUCAUAGGUACAUUGAUCAUGACUCGCAGAUGAAAUAAUGAUGAAACUUGACCAGGAUGUUUGUCUUGACAAUAUCUAGGUCAAGUUUGACAUUUGGUAAAGAUUGAAGGAACGGACUCCUCUCAGGUGAGCAAACUAGGGCCAUCUUGGCCCUCUUGUUUUGUUUUUCCAAGAUUUGAAUUUUUCAAUUUUGAUUGUCUGACGAAUAUACAAUGACAGUGUUAUAUUAGGAAUUGUGAUUUUAUGCCCCCGGAUCGAAAGAUCGGGGGUAUAUUGUUUUUAGCCUGUCUGUGUGUCACUGUGUCAGUCAGUCAGUCAUCCAUUGUGUGUCCCAAAACUUUAACCUUGGUCAUAACUUUUGCAAUAUUGAAGAUAGCAACUUGGUAUUUGGUGUGCAUGUGUAUCUCAUGGACCUCCACAUUUUAAGUUGUGAAAGGUCAAGGUCAUACGUCAAGGUCAAAGGUCAAAUAUAUGGCUUCAAAGCCGCGCAAUAGGGGGCAUUGUGUUUUUUACAAACACAUCUCUUGUUUUGUUGUUGUUUUUUAUUUCCAAAUAAUCCUUGAUGCAUUCAUUACCUAUUGUAAAAUCAACACAUUGUUCCAAUUAAUAAUCUGCUUUUGCGUUUCUGUAAAAUGUAACAAAAAUCAUAAUUAAUGACAACAAUUAUAUUGCCUUAUUGAAAUAUAUCAAAUUUUGAAAUUUAAGAAAACUGGUUUUAAUAAUGUUGUUAAAGCUGGUCUUUUUGUACUUUGUGGACUAUCUUUUAUUUACCGGUAUCUACUUAUAUGAAUGAUCGUACAUGUAAGUUAUGUAAGGUUCAAAUACCAAUUUGUAUCGAUAAUCAAAUUCUAGUUUAAAGUUUAAUUUUGAUUUUUUUUUUUUUUAAUAUAUCUUACUUAUUAAGACAUUUAGCUCCAAUGAAUUAUUUGCUGUUGUUUUCGUUGUAAGUUUAAAUGCAGUUUCGAGUAUGUCAUCAACACUGGUUUCACACUCUCUUAAGGAUUUCAGGAUGACAAUUUCAUAAUUUCAUUAUGAUUAUUUUAGCACACAUUGAUAAAGUUUGUAAUUUCUCCUCUUUUCAGCUGAUUUCCUACUUUUCAAUAUCUAAGUAAUUUUACAAAUAGAUAUUAACUUUGCUGGAAUUAUAUACAAAUGAUUCAGCUGAUUUCCUACUUUUCAAUGUCAAAGUAAUUUUACAAAUAUAUAAUAAAUUGGCUUGAAUUAUAUACAAAUGAAGAAUUUAGUUGAACCCUGUAAUGGGAAUAGGGCAUUUUGAUCCCCUGAUGUGGUUCAGUAAUCACACCCCUACUGAUCUUGACUAUUGCAGGUAAAGCUGAUACAACAUUUGACAUACAGUAGAAAGUGUUAUGUUAAUAGUAAAAGACAGCUAUAGGCGCAUAAAGAAAUGAUUUUGACCAACAUGUAAAUAACUAUCACGCAACUUCUCAUUUAAUUUGCCAACCUUAAUGUAACAGGACAGUUGUUUUAGUAUUUAUGUGAUUCAUACUUUUUAGUCACUGCUUGUUUGCAAACCAUGAAAUAUUAAAAUUGCAUCAAUUUCAUGUUACAUCAUCUCGUCACUUAUGUGGAUGUUGCUUAGAGCAAAAAAAGUGCUUCAUGUCCAUGAUCAUGCAGAUAGAAUUAUGCCUACUUACAUUCAUAUCAACAGUAGACUGCACUAUGUUUAACAUGGCUUUCUUUACCAUUUUAUGAAGUUCCGGUCGGUUUAAUUUUGUUUUCCGUCAUUCUGUUUUGUCUGUAUAUGUGCUUCACCCAAAUGUGGGGUGGCUGCUAUGGGACAGUCAGUGUAGACUAUGUUGCAGUGAAAACUGUUUCUUUUUCUGUUUUAUGUACAUUUGUAAAGAUAUAUAAAGUAUUUGCCGUAA